AUGAUUGUAUUCUUGGCUUGGGCCCAAGGGGGGAAGUGCUACACCGACAGCUCCCUGCCCUCGUGCUCAAAUCCGGUCUCGCCGCUUCCGAAAGAGCUACCCACUCCGACAGACGCGGAGCUCGACGCGCUAUAUAACGACAUGUUGCACAAGGACAGCCCACUGGAGACGCUCGCAUUCGCCCAUCCUGGCAGUCAGCAACAGCAACAGCAGCAUUCUCUGAACGACCCGACAACCACGCCAGUUAUGCACAACGUAUCACUCGGAGUGCCACUCACGCAGGCUAACUUGACCGACGUGAUGCCCCAAAUGAACUUCUCCUGCGAGCUGCCAUGCCCGCCCGCACUCGUCGGCGCCUCCGCCAUCCCCUCGGCCGCCUUCAACAGCUCCCACUUCUGGCACAACCACACCGAGGGACCCCUUCCCGGAUAUCUCCGAACCGAGGGGUUGAACAACCUCACCAUGGCCGUCCAGCAGAUGUGCCACAAUGAGCCCGUCUUGGCCGAGAUCGGCGCCGUCAACUAUUCGACGAACGUGCAGCCGCCGGUGGUUACGGUAGGUGUU